AUGGCUUUGUUCUGGGCCUACCUCGCCGUUAAAUCCUUAAUGGGUAGCUUGUCUCGAAGACUUGUUAUACAGAGAUCCAAUGUAUACUCUUUAUUCAUUCCAGCACUAAGCUAUACUUUGUCAUUGUACUGGGAGCAAUGCGUUAAUAAAUUUGUCCCAAAGCCAUACUUGGACGAGGUUUUCCAUAUUCGUCAAGCGCAAGCAUAUUGUCAUGGUAAUUAUACUGUCUGGGAUCCAAAGAUUACCACCCCACCCGCACUCUACGUUAUUGCCGCCGCGGGGGCAGUUCUUACUCGAGCAUUUUCAAAGCAGUUCUGCUCCAUACACCAACUACGUCUCUCCAACUGUCACGCAUUACUUCUCACUUUUUAUUACGCACACAGCUGCAGGCGACAUAUAGUGAAAAAAUGGGCCAGAAAUAGAGAUCUACUCGAUGUAGAUGCUCUUCAUACAGCUUUUAAUAUAACGCUUUUCCCACCUCUGUUCUUCUUUUCCGGACUCUUUUACACUGAUGUGCUGUCAAUCUGUUGUGUCCUUGUAUCGUACAAACUAUAUCUUGAACGCAAUGACGAGCGCACAAACCUAAGAUUAAAUCUUCUAUGUUCAUUCAUAGUUGGUAUUCUUUGCCUAUUGAUUCGGCAAACAAAUAUCUUUUGGGUAGCAAUAUUCUUGGGUGCCUUGCAACUCGUAGAAACUAUAAAACUACAUCAAAUUAAAGAAGAAAUAUUGAAAUCCUCAAUCAUCCGGUACCAAUUUCUCUCGAAGUUUCUCAAAAAGUAUUGUAUACAGAAGUUACACGAUCCUUCUUUAGAGGAGGCAGGUGUUUUUGACUUUCUUCAGUGUGCUUUAUCUAUAAUCAAUAUUAUUAUAUUUCAACCAGCUGUACUUACUUCUAUAGUGACGAACUUUUGGUUACUAGUAUCCUUUGGAUUGUUUAUAUACUGGAACGAUGGUGUUGUACUUGGUGACAAAUCGAACCAUGUUGCCACCAUUCAUCUACCGCAGAUACUAUAUUUAUGGCCUCUUAUCACCUUCUUUUCUGCUCCGCUACUUAUUCCUGCCGGUAUUUCUUUUUUUCGUAGACUAAACUAUCAGAUUUCACGGCAUGUCUUUAUUUCGAUAUCUCGGAGCAACCUUCAAUCUACCUUACAUAUCACAGGAGGUUUAAUAUUAUGCCUGGCUACUAUCAAAUAUAACACAAUCAUUCACCCGUUUACACUCGCUGACAAUCGGCAUUACAUGUUUUAUAUAUUUCGCUAUACCAUUCUCCGUCACCCUGCUAUUCGAUUUCUCCUGGCACCAAUUUACGCCGUAUGUAGCGCUCUUGUGUACAAAUCUCUCUGUCUUACAGCCCCAGAUAUUCAGAAAAGGAAAUAUAGUUCAUCUUUGCUAGUACGCCCAUCCGAGGUUCCGAAGCAAGAUAAAUCUACUGAGAGGAUACCUAUAACUCCAACGGUAUCAUUUGCCAUCAUUCUAUUUAGUGCCACAACUCUAUCUCUUGUAACAGCUCCGCUUGUCGAGCCGCGCUACUUCAUUACUCCCUGGGUACUAUGGCGCCUCAACAUUCCUAUGAAUGUAUCAAAGGAACUCGUUUCAAAAAGUAAUACCUCGGGUUUAAGAACAAACAAUCUUGUUUUUACAGCCUUAAAUAAGUCAAAAUCGAACAUGCGUCACAACAAAUGGCUUUGGCUAGAAACUACCUGGCUCAUUCUUAUCAACCUCAUUACUGGAUUUAUUUUUCUUCACAAAGGGUUUGAAUGGCCACAAGAACCUGGUAACGUGCAAAGAUUUAUGUGGUAA